UGGCUGUAUGUCAUAAGAAGAAGAAGAAAGUUGUGGUUAUGUAAUUUAAAUUUAGCACUCCCUCGCGCAGCACUUAGCUCAUAGCAGUCUCUCAAGUCCAAGUCCCAGCCCUAGCACUCAGCUCCCUACAAGAUAUAAGAUCCAACAAAUCAACACAGCAGGACUUAGGAGCUGAGAACACUGGGUAUUUUUUAUUGCUACUAUGGUAAUUAUAAAUCUGAAUUAUACUUAAAAAGUCAAACAUCCAAAAAGAGUGGGACCUUAAUGAUCCUGUUGUCUUGGAUAUGGCAGAUUGGAGAAUAAAUGAGAAGUAUCGUAAACCAAGAAGAUCCAAAGGCACUCCAUUUUAUAUUCACAGGAAUUAUUAUGCACUUGGUGUCUUAGGUUUUGGUGCUCUUUCUUGGUAUUUGUAUGAAUUGUGGCCUGCAUCUAAUAAGGUGAGACAAGCUAUAACAGAUGGUAAAUUUGACUACCCUGAAGGGUAUGCUCUGAAAGUUAAACACAUACAAGCUAGUCUACAAAGUGGUCCUAUUGAAGAAGUGUUGGCAAAAGCUAGGGAGAAGGAAACAGAAAAACAUGAAGAAAAACCAGUUGAACAAUCAUGGUUCAGUAAAGCAUUCUUUUCACAACCUGAUGUCUAAUCCAAAAGCUUCUAGUAGUACUAGUACUAGAAACAAUGUCAGUGAACAAUCAGACUAUUUUGAAUCCCCUUACAAAGGUUCACUUGGUGAAAUCAAAUGCAUCAGUCUUGGUAAUGAUAGUGAUGAUUUUAGAACCUUAAAAAACCCAGUUAGGAAAGUUCCCAAAGUCUCUCAAAAGGAGCCUGUUACCAGUGCAACAAUUAAAAGAAAAACAACCAGUACAAAAAAAACAAGAUCAGGGUCCAUACAAAAAUCCACCAAAGAUAACUUCAAAAACUUAGAUGUAAACUCUGAACAUUUACAAAUGGCCAUAGCACUAUCAAAUUCUACUCUUGCCUUGGAGUAUCCAGAAAGAUUCAGAAAGAACAAAGAGCCAGAUUUCCCAACAUUUUUAAGCCCUGAGAAGAUUCCUAAGCAUGGCACAAUUCUUGAAAGAUAUGGCUUCAAAUCUAGUAAAACUAAGGACUCUGCAUUUCAGAUGGCUUUUGUUGAGGAACCAAAAAAACGUAAAAACUACUCAAAAUUUCGAUUUAUAACACCAGUUUUACAUACUAGAACUGAAGAAGAUAGGCAAUCUUUGAUAAAUACUAAAGUUUCCAUGAUAAUAUCACAGCAGAGAUGUUCUACUUUUGAAUGUACUCAUACCUUACCAGAAACAUUGCACAGUUUUGUCUUGCAAUCUUACCACAGCCAGGGAAGACAAAUUUUUAAUGUUGAUUUGGAAAAUUACUAUUGUUCCUCCUUAGGUUUGCCAUCUAGCAAAUCUGUUUAUGGUUGCCUUUUGAAAAACUGGGAUGAAAUACCAGGCAGGGAUAGGACCCCAGGAAAACAUACAAAAAACCUAGAUCACAAUAAAGAAUAUUCUGAAGGCAAAUCUAAUAAAUUGUCCACUUUAGAAGGAAAUGUCCCAAGUGAUUCUAAGACAACUUCCAGCACUAUCCCUGAUAUGAAACUUGGUCUGGAUUCAAGUGUUUAUAAUAAUAUUAACAAAGAUGUGAGUACCCUGAUAUCCACUGAUAGUGGUAUUGAAUAUUCUGAUGGUUUUUGUCAAUAUUCCCAAGAUCCAUCACAUGUUUUGGAGGAUACAAAAGAAAUAUGUCAAGAGAAUCAAGGUGAAGGAGAACUGGUUGAUUUAACUCAAUCAUCAAAUUCAAAUGAAACAAAUCUGUACCAAAUCACAAAUGUUGAGAAUUAUCCAGGUCUAGAUCAUUUCCAGAUUCCAGAUUUUUCUGUAAAUGCAUCUGAAAUCUCAUCUUCAAAGAAUUUAAAUACUGGAGAAUCUCUCCCAAAAUUAUCUGAUAGUUCCAUACAAAAUCUAACUCAGAAAUCACAAUAUUUUGAGAAUAAGAUGGAAGUAUGUAUGGAGAAUAUAUUGGAUGAGGAAUCAGACAAAUCUAAUAAAUCUCCUCUUCCCUCUCAUUAUUGUCAAGAUUUGUCUACAAGCAUAAAUAAAAGUGAUGUUGUAUCUGAUGAAAAAAUUGAUAGUCCAAAUAGUAUGCUCAGUGGAGUUAGUGGUAUUACUGAUGCAGAAGAUCAUCAGAAUAAUGAGAUUGAGAUAAUGAAGGAAAAUUCAAUUAUAUUUGAAAAACCAAAUAGGACCAGUUUAUACUCAGGGGAUUCAAAUCAUUCCAGAAAAUCGAGUGAAAUGUAUGAUUACAACUGCACAAAUUCAUUAAAUGUUACUGAUUAUGUCACUCAAAUGUUGAAUUCCCAAGUUGAUCAGAGUGAGGUUCAAGAAAACCAUGAAAAUGAAGAUGAUAGUUUGUCACAAGUUUCUUCUUCUCAAACAAGUAUCAUCAUCAGUGAUGAAGAAUUAAACUAUUCCAGUUUUCACAGUGCAGAACAGAGAAACAAAGACUUUUACAACUUGGACAAUCCUGAUACAAAUUUGGUAGAUGAAGCAGACUUCAGUUAUGGAAAUAUAAGCAGUAUACAUAAAGGUCUCAAGGAAAAGUAUUUAUCCAAAUUAUCUGAGACAGGUAGAAAAGAAAAUAAAUUGGAAUUGCCAAUGACUGAAGAAGCUGAACCCAUUGAAGAAACCACUGAUAUCCUCACAAAUGAUGUUGGAAAUAAGUCCAGGAAGUCAAAAAGAUCAAGAAGGAAAAAGGGGGGUAGUACUAAUUCAAGUCCUGCAAAAUUGAACCAAUCAAAAAAUGUUUCAACUCCUGAUAACAAUAUGAUCAUCAAAACUCAAAAUGUCACUCCAAUGGCAGACUAUGAUCAAAUGGAUACUCCAAAAAUAAGAAAAGAACUUGACAAAUUUGGCUUCAAACCCUUGAGGAAACCAAAAGGGAUCAAAUUGUUGAAAUAUAUUUAUGAAAGUACCCACCCUGUUGUCAGAUCUGAAGAAUCUAGCACUAGUGAUAGAGAUGAUGAAGAAAAAGCAUGUAAGAAGCCUAGAACAAUUUCACCUAGUGGAAGUGUCCCAGUAGAAUUGGGAAUAUUCCCAACUGAAUUAGUCAUUAGUCAUUUUUUCAGUGAUAAUCCUAAAGAUUUUAUAUUUGGAAAAUGUAAGGCAUCUUCAAAGAUUCCAACUUGUCAAAUACCUCUACAAGUUGCUUGGUACAAUUUUGUGUCAAGCAAUCCACAGUUGCAUAAUAACAUACUCUUAUAUGAACCAUUACAUUUAGAAGUGAUUCAUUCAAUGCUGAAUGAACAAUCAGGAUGUACAUUCCACUUGAAGGAUCUGGUAACAUUCCUGGAUAAAAAGUGUAUCACUUUUCGAACUGCACAAACUAUAAGUAGUAAACGAAAAGACCAGAAAGCAAAAAGAACACAAAAAGGGGAGAAGGCAUGUAUAAGUGAUGUAUGUUGAACAUAUGAUGUGGAAUAAUGUAUGAUAAAUUUUGGUGAUAUUCUGAGCAAUUUUUGAAUAGCAGUAUCAUAUUUUAUUUUCAAUCUAUAAAUGUAAUAUUGUUUGAUUUUGCAAUAUAUAAUAUGUUCUUUUAUACAACCAUGGAUCUAUAAAAAAAAUAAACUGGUGGAUUGAUGGAGCAUCUGAGCAAGUAUAAUGUACAUAGUUUUUCAAAAAUCCUUACUUUGCAAAGCUCUUCCAUUUCCAUUCUCCAGAGAUCUUUCUACUUUUUUCCAUCAUUCAAAUCUCAUAAAUACCACAGUAUUAUCAAAAAAUAUUAUCACAGAGUCAACAAAAGGUUUGUUGAUCUGUGGUAUUAUUAAAUCAAAAUAUUUGAAUUCGCGAAAAUCACGAACCAAAAGAUGGCGCCUGUCCAACGUCAAAUUUCAAAAUAGAGGUGAACAACAAACUGUUGUCACUUAGUUGUCACAUAAUAUUUCAGAAAAAUGCCUAAAGUUGAAGUGUCCAUCGCGGAUAUAUUAGAAUAUAUUGGCGAUAGGGUGAGACCCUUGAAAGAAGGAGAAGCAGUUUUUAGAGCAGGUCACAUUAUAUUGUGUGGGGUGGAUGCAGAACAAACGCAUGUGAUCAAAAGCUUGUGUUUACAAUCAUCUGCAUUAGCAGAGUCUCCUCAUGAAAUAAGUAGCAUCCCAAAUGAAAAAAACAUUUUCGAAUGCAAAUGUACUUGCCUUAAAUGAAAUUUGCAAGCAUAGAUGUGAUUUAACGAAGUUCAAUUCCUUAAACUUUACCUUCAGUUAAAGAUUUAUUGAAGGAUGUAAAAUCUCCAGGUAAGAAGUGCUCACUACAAACGUACAUAUUAUUGGUUAUUGGUAUACCAAUCUUCAACAAAUUCCUCCAUCUUUUACACAAUUUGGGGUUCCAAAGUGGAAAUUUGUGUAAAGAAACACUGUCUGUACAAUAUGAAGAGUUGAAAGGUUGAAA